UAUUAUAUGCAUUUAUAUAUUAUUAUUCUUACACUGGUCUUGUAAACAUAUUGCGUCAAAAGUUUUAUUACUUAAGAAAAGUCAGAGCACAGUCGUGGCCUCAAGGAAGUCACAGUACACGGACACAGGUCUUCAUCUCACCACUACCAAUAAUUAAAUCAAUAAAAAUAAUACAUUCUUGACUUUUGUGUUUUAUUUUUGUAAAGAUUUUUGUCAAAUUCAAAUUUGCUUUAUUGGCAAAACCGAAUUUCAUACACAUCCACCUGAUUUUAUACAAUUCUGACAUUUAGCUCAGCGGAAAAUAGAUCAUCUCUUUUUCCUUUAAAUAUGUUUUAUCUAAAUAUUAUUUAAUAUGGUUCACUGAAAUAAUGUCUGUAAGCCUAGUUUUGGAAUCACAGGCUGGUGAUUAAUCUGUUAUCAGAACCAUUUCAGAAGAAAUACAUCAGUGGAUCUGGAUGGUGCGCUUCCUGCGCUCAAUAAUGUCACUACUGCAAAUCUUGUGAGACUUUGAAUUCAAGCACCAAAACUGAAAACUCCCUGUAAUAAUAAACUUGACAGAAAGUAUUCCAUAUUUAUAUGUUUCAUUUUCAUUUGGACUUUUACUUAUAAGAAAACUGUCCCGACAGCUCUGAAGCGGCUGGACUCAUCCUGAGGACGGCUUCUAUGUUGCAAAUGUUUUUACUGGAUCAACCUGGAAUCUGUGAGUUACAGCGAAAACCCUGAAAGACAAUUACAGUUCGAUCCGGACUGAAUCCUGUCGCCGUGAAGAAAGACUGAAAUGCGUUAUGAAGUGACAUUGGCUGUGCCACGUGCGUAAAAUGCGCACAGCAACUGGGCAUGCGCGUAUCGAUCCUGCUGCUCUGUGAUGACGACAAGUAUUUCAUAAAGUCAGAGGAGAGAAAACUACAUAUAAACAGCUGCGGGAAGCAAACCGAACAUCAGCACUGACGUUGCUGCAAAAACAUUGUUGGAAACUCAUUCCUCUAACGUGUUACUCUCUGCUGCACGCAUUUCAAGUUUUAUAUAAGGUGUAGAGCAAAGUCAAGAAGCAAAAUUCAACAUAAAAUAUGCUUUGUGAUGUUGGAGAGAUUUGCGCGCGCUCCAUUGAAGCCACGUGCGCUCUCUGUAAUGUUUGCGGACUAAUGUCGGUGCUGAGAUGUGGAACAGAAGCCUGACGUUCAGGCGCUGUCCCGUGUGUGGAGAUAACCUUUAAAACCCACAGAACUAUAUCUGCGUCAGCGAGUGUCUUUGUGGCUUCCUCUUGUUUGGCGUGAGAUUUGUUUGGGUGGCGUGAGAGCAGCUCACUGAGCAAAACGCGUGAGAGUUGGCAAACCGGAGAUGUACAGUAGAUUUAGUGAAACUCAGUAAUACUCUGUGAACGCUUUGUAAUAAAUGAGCUUGCAAUGUAGUUUCUAUGUCAACAUGUUGCAAAAGCCUGCAUACAUACAGUCAGCCCCGUAAGGAGCUGUUCAGACAAAGACUGAAACCAAACUUGUAGCAGACAUUGAGGCAGAGGACGCAGUCAGCUGGACAGCUCUUCACAGUCAGAUUUGCAGCUGAUCUCAGCUCUUUUGCAGUCUGAUUGGAUGGAAUUUGAAAUCACAGAGGUGAGAUGUGGCUGCAAAAACAGAGGUGUACAAAAUGGGCCCGAGGAUUCCAUGGUUGCUAUGUUUUGUCUCCAGGUGCAUCAUUUAUAUAUGACCAUCAUUCAAAAACAAACAAAACCUCUAACGGGCAAGAAAAGUGUUCACAAGUUUCACUCGACGAUUUCUUCCAAGUUACCGCUUCGACUGAGGACUUCUUCCAUCCCGACAGGAACUAAAGCCUCACUGACGAAAGCGACACAGCAGACUUCCAUCAUGGAAAAUUGUGAUGUGCCCAUCCACCUGAGAGACCAUGACUACUGGAGGAGGAGGAGAAUCUCUGCACGCCAGGCAGGCGGAGCAGGGAAGUCUGGAGCCUGCAGCAAGUGUCCGUGCUGCAGGAAGGAGCAGGUGCUGAAUUCAACCCCGAGGCCCCAGCACUCUGCCGCUACCGCCAACCUUCCCCAGAAGAGGAAGCGGAGCUCGGUGCCCCGUCCUCCAAAACCUUCUGCUGAACAUCCAGGGAAGAUGAGUUUGGUCCAGAGGCCUCUGUCCACCAUCCCACCUGCUGACCUGCCUGUGGUCUCAAAUGUGCCCCCCAGCCCCCGGCCCCCCAGCCCCCGGCCCUCCAGCGCUACUAGCCAGCUAAGCUCCACUGAUGUAAACCACGAUGGCCCUCUGACAAUACACAACCGCUCAGUGGAAGAGUACCAGAAAAUCUACCAUGAAGUGGUAGAUGAUAUGCUGAGAUACAAGAAUGGCCGGCUUCGUCCGUACACUUUGGAGCUGGGACGACGUAUCAAGCAGAAGCUGUGGGAGAGACUGGAUCGUCCCACGAUGACGUCAUCAGUCAAUGAAGACGGACUUGUGCGCGUGGACGUAUCAUACGGGGUUGGAGUCUAUCCUCCCCUUUAUGAUGUCGAUACUUUGGGAGAACCAAGUCCUGGCCAGCCACCGAACAAAAGAGCUAAGACCUCCAACUAACAUGGAGGCAGCAUCUGCACUCCAAACAAUGAAACACGUGAUAAUAGUUGGAUAAGAUCAAAUACACCUGUAAAUAUUAUAGUAGUUUUAAGUCAUCGUAAUAAUUCACUCAACUCAAAGCAUCACAUGGUUAAACAGAACUGGGUUUUCCCACGUCACUGAAUGCAGCCUCUGUCAGUAAACUCUUUAAUCCAGCCUCGGCCUCAACCACCACCUGAAUCAUCUGCAGGACACAAACAGCCUCCACCUACAGUCUCCUCCAUCCACCUCCACAUCUAAACUGUGCCUUCUUACUGCAUCAGCCAUCUGCUGCUCUAGCCUCCACCUAAAGACAGCAGACGGCUGCAACCACAUGCCCCACCUACAGCCUCUGCCAGCAACCUGCAGCCGCAGCCUCCACCUUCAGAUUCUUGCCAAAGUCUCAAACUCCAGCUUCUGCAAGCAGACGUGCUGCUAACUCCGCCUGUAGAUUUCUUCAAACAGCCGAAGACCAAGUGUCCACCUCCAUCCUCUUCCAGCAACCUAUAUUGCUGCCUCCACCUGUAGACAGAUGCAGCACAAUCCUCCACAUUCAUCCUCUAACAGUAAUAUUCACUGCGACCUCGAACUGGCAGACAUCUCAAACCUCCAUCUGCAGCCUCUGCCAGCAAACUGCAGCUUCCUCCACCUGCAGAUUCUGGCCGACAGCUGAAGCUU